AUGAAGGGACUCAGAAGUCUGGUGGCAACAACCUUGGCUCUUUUUCUAGUGUUUUCUUUCUUAGGAAAUUCCAGCAGUGCACCACAGGGACUCGAGAGAAGGAACUGGACUCCUCAAUCUAUGCUCUACCUGAAGGGUGCACAGGGGCGUCCCUUCAUCUCGGACCAGAGCCGGAAGAAGGACCUCUCCGACCGGCCGCCGCCCGAGAGACGCAGCCCAAAUCCCCAACUACUAACUCUUCCAGAAGCAGCAGCUCUGCUCUUGGCUUCCUUGCAGAAACCACAAGAAGCUGGAGAAGAAAACUUUGAUCAAACGAGAGUCCUAGAAGACAGUCUACUAAACUGGUGA